AUGUCUUCAGUUCCUCCAGUUUAUAUUGUCUCCGCUGUGAGAACACCCAUUGGUUCAUUCUUGGGUUCCCUCUCUAGCAAGAGUGCUACUGAAUUAGGUGGUAUUGCUAUCAAGGCUGCCGUUGAGCGUGUACCAGAGAUCAAGCCUGAAGAUGUUGAGGAAAUCUUCUUCGGCAAUGUUUUAUCCGCAAAUUUGGGACAAAACCCUGCUCGUCAAUGUGCUAUUGCUGGCGGACUCACUGAAGGCGUUGUCUGUACUACCGUUAACAAAGUCUGUGCUUCUGGAACCAAGGCCAUCAUUCUCGCAGCUCAAACAAUCAUCACUGGUAACGCUGAUAUUGUUGUAGCCGGUGGUACAGAGUCUAUGUCUAACGUUCCUCAUUACCUCCCAACUCUCCGAAAUGGUGCUAAAUAUGGUGACCAAACUUUGGUGGAUGGUGUUCUCAAGGAUGGUCUCACUGAUGCCUACAACAAAAAGGAGCAUAUGGGAAUGGCUGCUGAAGAGUGCCACGUCGAUCAUGACGUUAGCAGAGAGCAACAAGAUGAGUAUGCUAUCAAGUCGUAUCAAAAGGCUCAAAAGGCAACCGAAGCUGGUAUCUUCAAGACCGAGAUCGUUCCAGUUGAAGUCAGUGGUUGCCGUGGAAAGCCAAAUGUCAAGGUCGAGAGAGAUGAUGAGGUCAAGAACUUGAAUGUUGAGAAGCUCAAGGCUAUGAGACCCGCUUUUUUGCCAAAUGGAGGCACCGUCACCGCACCAAAUGCUGCACCACUCAACGAUGGUGCUUCAGCUCUUGUUCUAGUCUCGGAAGCUAAGUUGAAGGAACUCGGUCUUAAGCCUUUGGCAAAGAUUCUUGGUUGGGGUGAUGCAGAAAAAGCACCAAGCAAAUUCACCACCGCUCCAUCAUUGGCUAUCCCUAAAGCUUUGAAGCACGCCAAGAUUGAUGCUUCAGCUGUUGAUUAUUACGAGAUCAAUGAGGCUUUCUCAGUUGUCGCUUUGGCAAACAUGAAGAUCCUCGGAUUGGACGAAUCUAAGGUCAACAUCCACGGAGGUGCUGUCGCUAUAGGACAUCCUCUUGGUUGUUCCGGUGCCAGAAUUGUCACCACAUUGAUCAAUGUGCUGAGAGAGCAGAAGGCAAAGAUUGGUGUGGCCGGUAUUUGCAACGGGGGUGGUGGAGCAUCUGCUCUUGUUAUUGAAUCUUUGCAGUAA